AUGGUCACUGCCUGCAAUGAUGAGUAUGACUCCUACCUCUCUCCUCUGUCCGCUCAGGACAUUUCUUCCAUUGACCACGCCGCUGCAGAUGCUCUCACCAGGCUGUCCAUCACCUCUACGCCCUCUUCACCAUCACCGUCUCCUCGCUUCCACAGCCUUCACUCUUCAUUGUCGCAGGAGGCCCCGAAGACCACUACGUCUGGGCUGGUAGCAGACACUGACGCCAGCAUCAUCCUUCGCAAAUACACCCUCGUGGAAGCGCUUCUUCGCAUUGAGAUCUUUACCGAGCCCUUCAAUCCGAUCCUGUGGAAAGCAUGGGCAGUCCGGAUGCACGUCCUGCUGGUUCUCAUGGUCCAAGCUCAGUCUGAAGCGGCCAGCGUGGAGAUCAUCCUACCCCUUCCAUGCGAUAUCCCUGUCCUGGCCCAAGUGAAAAUACACCUGGCAACAGCUCGCACUGUAGAAGGUGGUCAUCAGAUGAUACCUCGAAUUGCAGAUCACCUUCCUGCGGUCAUUCCUCAUGGUUUGACUGCCCGCAUUCUGUAUGACGACCCCGCUGUCCGCGAGGACUUUGGUUUAGGCCACUCGUCGGAUGGUCUCCCUGACAUUGGUGCACGGUCGUCCUGUCCCUAUUUUCCUGGAAUCGUAUUCCUCAGCUUUUUAUCACCAUCAGGAACCUUGCACCUUCAGGUUGAGACAUUGCGCAAUGCGGCCCGUGAACUGUACAAUGUCAUGCGUGGAAUCACUGGUAGAUGCGAGCUGGCAAAUGGUACCUUGAGGUGGUUGCGGAUCAUAGUCGAGGAAUUGGAAGUAGCAUUCGGGCUCGUAGCAUGCCCUCCUCCAAUAACCAGCUUCCAACUGUUGUCGGACUAG